CACUUUAGCUUAGAUGGAAUGGGCUGGAGGAAGACCAGCAGUCCGAGUCACUGGCAUGCAGAAGAACGAGGGGACAAUGGGUGUGUGAGGGCUCCAACUGGCCCAGGGGAAGAGGCUUUAAAUACAUUUUGAGAUAAAAGUUGUUCUAACAAAUUAGUCGAUAUAGAGGAGUUAAAAGGAAUAUACUACAAGCUGACAUGAGGUUGGCAAGUGUGGGGGUCCGGGCCCGGAGGGCUGCGGAGCCUUCUGAACCAGAGCCAAAGGCCACACCAGAGCCAGCGCACCACCAUGACCACCCCCAUACAGAGCACCACCCCGGCCAUGACUACAACCACAUGAAGGACAAGUUCAUGAAUGAGCUUGGCAGACUGCCAAUGCCCAUGUGGGCAGUGGGGGGCAUUGUUGUUGUGGUCCUGGCUUUGGUGGCAUGCUUCAUCUUCUGUAUUUUCAAAAAGUGUUUUGGAAAAAAGAAAAAGCCAAAGAAAGCGAGAGAGCGGAAGGCUGGUCGCCGCAGAAAGGCAAAGGAAGGGGAAGGAGAGGCUGGGGAGAAGGAGGGGGAGGUGAAGAAGGAAGGGGAGGAAGAGGAGAAAGAGCAAGAAAAGUUGGGUAAGCUGGAGUACUCCUUGGACUACAACUUCACAGAUUCCCAGCUCAUAGUGGGAAUCCUUCAGGCCCAGGACCUUGCUGCCAUGGAUAUGGGGGGCACCUCAGACCCCUAUGUCAAAGUCUUCCUGUUACCAGACAAAAAGAAGAAGUAUGAGACCAAGGUCCAGCGCAAGAAUCUGUGUCCCGUUUUCAACGAGACUUUCAUCUUCAAGAUCCCAUACGCAGAGCUGGGUGGGAAAACCCUGGUGCUGCAGGUCUUUGACUUUGACCGUUUCUCCAAGCAUGAUAUGAUUGGUGAGAUCAAGAUUCCCAUGAACAGUGUGGAUUUAGGUCAGCCAAUGCAACAAUGGAGAGACUUGGAGAGCGGUGAGAAGGAGGAGCAAGAAAAACUGGGAGAUAUUUGCAUUUCUUUACGCUAUGUGCCCACUGCUGGAAAACUGACAGUGAACAUCAUGGAAGCGAAAAACCUGAAGAAGAUGGAUGUUGGUGGUUUAUCAGAUCCAUAUGUGAAGAUUGUGCUGCAGCAAAAUGGAAAACGGAUUAAGAAGAAGAAGACGACAGUCAAGAAGAACACGCUCAAUCCUUACUUUAAUGAGAGUUUCAGCUUUGAUGUUCCCUUUGAGCAGAUACAGAAAGUGCAGGUUGUCAUAACAGUGUUUGACUAUGACAAGCUUGGGAGCAACGACCCCAUUGGGAAGACCUUCAUGGGUUAUGGAGCGACAGGGGUCGGCCUGCGACACUGGUCGGACAUGCUGGCCAAUCCCAGACGCCCAGUAGCCCAGUGGCACACUCUCAUGCCAGAGGAGGAAGUCGAUGCAGCUCUGAAGGCUAAACCUCGUUAGACUGAUACCCUUCUCAGUUCAGAAAAUUGCUUUUCAAUGUUGAUCCUCAUGUUGUCUUGAUUAACAUGUUCUCUGAUGCCAUACCUUUUGUUCCUUUUUGUUCUUAAGAGAUAUUUGAAUGAGGGUGGGUGUGUAUGUGUGUGUAUGUGUGGUUGGGUGUGGCUGUUGGUGUGCGCCUGUGUGAUAUGCUGAUAUGAGAACCUCUCCCUCCUCUCUGACUGUCUAAAUGUGUACUUGGAAAAACCAUACUAGUAAAUGUGCAUCUUUUGUGUAUGCUCAUACAUGGUCCUAGUUAUAAUUAGGCUAAAUAAAGUAAAGAAUUCACAGAUUGUUUGGCUUAUUCUGACAAAUUGGUUUUGAGUCUGGGGACAACAUUGUUUAGUCUAUAGCAGCAAGUCAUGUUUAGUAGACUAGGCCUUUUUGCUUGUUUUGCUGUGCUGUAAAAAAAAAAAAUAAAUAAAUAAUGCAGUAUGGUAGCACAACAGUGCCCUGAAAAUGCUAGGCUAUGUUCAGAGAUGUCACAAAAGCAAAUAAAGCCAUAUUGACUAGCCACCUCGA